AAACUCGAUCUCCAUCCAUCCAUCCUUCUUUCUCUUAAUCCCCUUAAGCACACGCCCUCUCGAAAUGCGCCGCCGCAUAUUACUUCCACCGAUCGGGCCGAAUGCGUGCUGACCGAUGCGUCGGGCGUUCGGUGACGGCACAGGGCGAAGACUAGGAUGCCUGCAACUUCUGGCUGACGAGCGCCGUAAUGCUGCAAAGCAGACGGAAUUGGAUGUCCGAACCCUCCGCUAUAGUAAUAAUGGAGGUGAAGACCAGUAGGACCUUGCUAUCUGCGACACAUACAAAUGGAUCACUGCCAAUGAGGGCCGGCCACCUUGACAGCGUCCGGAUCCCCAACUGUCGUGUCACCCCUCUCACCCUGAGAUUAUGCCUAGCUUCUCAAAUGUAACUAUAUAACGGGUAGGCUGAGAAUGCAGGCCUGAUUUCUUUGGCGCAUCACGAUCGGAAUUCAGAGCUGGUACACAAGGAUUGAGAAGAUGAAGGUUUUGAUCAUUGGGGCGGGACCAGCUGGAUGCGCUCUGGCGCACGGCUUGAAGAAGGCCAACAUCCCCUUCUCCAUCUUCGACAAAGGCGAAAACAUCCACCGCAACCGCCACUGGGCCUUCACACUCGGCUGGGCGCGCCCCUACCUGCUGCAACUCCUGCCCGACCAUCUCGGAGCCCAGAUCAACUCUUGCCAAGUCGAUCCCAGCAUCGACUGCGCGGCCAUCGGCGAAGACAGAAUCGUGCUGUAUAAUGGCCAGACGCGCGAAGAAGCGUUCACCUUCCCCAUCCCGCGGGCAAGCGAGCUGAACAUCCGGAAGCUGCGGAUUCUGCUGUCGCAGGAGCUGGACGUGCAGUACAACAAGAAGUUUACGCGGUAUGAGCUCCUCGAGGACGGAAGAGGAGGAGGCGUGAGAGUGCAUUUCGAAGACGGGACGAGCGAGGAAGGAGACGUAGUCGUUGGCGUCGACGGCGCCGGUUCGAAAAUGCGACAAUGCCUCCUCGAUCGCGCUGCCGCAGCGGAUAUCCUUCCCUUUGCGCUGAUGAACCUUCACGCCUCCUACACCCCCGAGCAGGCCCUGCACAUCAAACAGCAGCUCCAUCCACUCGUCGACAUAGCUAUCCACCCCGCGGGCCACUACAUCCGGACCAACGUGCUCGAUAUGCCGGACGAGAAAGACCCGAGUACGUGGACGUUCCAGAUCCUGUCCACGUGGGCACUUACGAAUGUCGAGGACUACGAUAACGAGGGCAACAGAGUGAAGCGGCUGAAGGCGCUUGUGGAGAAGUUGGGCUGGGCAGAGCCGUAUAGGAGUGUGAUCGAGUGGAUUCCUGAGGGCACAGAGGUGCUGAGGGAUCAGUUGAAGAUUUGGAAGCCGGUGAGGUGGGAUAACCACCGGGGGCGAGUGACGCUGUGCGGGGAUGCGGCGCAUGCGAUGACUUUCCACCGCGGGCAAGGCGCCAACAACGCCCUCUACGACAGCUACUGCUUCGUAGAAGCGAUGAAAGCCGCCCAAGCUGGUACACCGCUUGAACAAGCGAUCAGCGAGUACGAUGAGAAGGUCCUGAAGCGAGGGCAAGAGGAGGUCCAGAUCUCAAAGGCUCAGACCUUCUUCACGCACGACUGGGAGAACUUCAUCAAUAGCCCCGUGGUCACGCUGGGGACUAGGCCGAGUCACGGGGCGAAGAGCGAGGGCUAUGAGAAAGAAUCGCCGGUGAACUAGGCGUCUACCUACAGUCGUGUAUCGUAAGUCGUUAUGAAAGCAUGUUCCUACGCUUCCUCACCGCCAGAGCGCUCGCAUAACGCAUCCACCAUUCCAACCACCCUUCUAACCUUCCACCCUCCC